CAACAUGCUUUACUUUACUAUACACUAUAGCUGAUAAGAUAAACAAUGAUAUCAUUACUACCCAUUCUCGAUGGAUGUGUAUAAACUAUAUGUGUAUAAGGUUGUCGCAGUCAUUGAAGCAUUUCGCGAUUACUUAUCGUUUAUUUUCCUAGUCUUGCAAACCAAAACGCUGCCAGCAGCAUUUUGGAGUAAACGGAUAGUAUCGAAACACUAAUGGCCGGCAUUAGCCCACGCGACUCUCUGGGACUAGCUAAAGUUAGGCAGCGUCCGAAGCAUUUCCUGGAUGGAUUGACUAAUCGUUCUGCGCCUCAGAGAAAAACACGUCAUCAACCACAAGUUAUCAGAGAAUCCAAGUCGGUGGCAGAAUCGUCCACUGGAAUCAACGUAGUGGAUCAGUUUAAUUAUCUCCAGGUCCAGCAUCGGAUAUUGAUUGAGAAAAAUAAUGCCUUAGCUCGCGACUAUCGAGCUUUGGCUGAACGUCACGAACGCUUGAAGCUGGAGAAUACUGGGCUAAAGGAAGCUUAUGAAGAAUUGCAGGAAAACUAUAACACUCUAUUAGAUUCACAAAAGAGCUUUAACGCUGGUAAAUUGUUAGUAUACCUGAAAUUGAAACGUCGUACUGACAAGGAAACGCUUGAAAAACGUAACAUUAUUCAAAAUGAAGCUUGUUUCAACACUUACCUGGAACGGGUGAUUAUGCAUGAUAACCCGCGGAUUCCCAAGAUUGUUGUCGAGUGCGUGACGAUUGUAGAAUCAAGCGAUAGGUUUAUGAAGUCCGGCGGUCUUUAUCGAGUAUCAGGGAAUCAUAACGUCAUCCAGAAUCUGCGCUAUGAUAUCAAUGCUGACAACUAUAAGAAGCUACGGAAGCAGAAAACACCACAUGAAGUGUGCGGUAUACUUAAGCUGUUCCUAAGAGAGCUGAAGGAGCCGCUUGUAUCACUACAAUUAUUGCAUCGGAUAAUUCCGGGUAGUUCGGACAUGAUACACAACAGAACCUUGAAGGUGCUAGAACUUGUGAACUCUUUGGAUGAACUACGGAAAAACACACUAGGCUUUCUAAUCCACCACUUAUGCAAAGUCGCUGCGAUAGAGGAAAACGAGAUGGACACCAUGAGCCUUGGUAUUCUGAUGAGUUCCUGCAUAUUCAACGAAACUUUGACUGACGUGUGCCCGGAACGAUUCGAGACGAUGAGCGCCGUGCCAAGAGAGUGUGUUGUAACCAUGAUGGAGUGUUAUGACGACAUUUUUGGAAAAUAAAUUAAUUAA